GCCGGCCACCGCGGAAGGGGGGGGUGGGCACCGCGCUGCCUCAGUUUCCCCAUCACCCCGCAGUGACCUAUCACCCCCGGGUGACGCUGACACUAUCCGUGCCUCUGUCCCCUCCCCAGGAGGAUGUUCCCCUUCCUCAGCUUCAGCCUGUCGGGGCUCAACCCKCUGGCGCACUACAGCGUGUGCGUGGACGUGGUGCUGGUGGACCACAACCACUGGCGCUACCAGGGCGGCAAAUGGGUGCAGUGCGGGAAAGCCGAGGGCAGCAUGCCAGGGAACCGCCUGUACCUUCACCCCGACUCGCCCAACACGGGCGCGCACUGGAUGCGCCAGGAGGUUUCCUUCGGCAAGCUGAAGCUCACCAACAACAAGGGCGCGUCCAACAACGUGGGCCAGAUGAUCGUGCUGCAGUCGCUGCACAAGUACCAGCCGCGGCUGCACGUCACCGAGGUGAAGGAGGGCGAGGGGGAGGACGGGUACCCCUCCCCGCACACGCACACCUUCGCCUUCCCCGAGACGCAGUUCAUCGCCGUCACCGCCUACCAGAACGCCGACAUCACGCAGCUGAAGAUCGACCACAACCCCUUCGCCAAAGGAUUCCGGGACAACUUCGACUCGAUGUACCCGGCCUCGGAGAGCGAUCGCCUGACCCCGUCUCCUCCGGAGGCUCCGGGCUGCCAGCAGCUCCUGCCCGCCGCUCGCUUCCAGCCCUUCCUGCCCGAGCAGUUCCCGCUGCCCCCGGGCCGCUUYUUCGGGGCCGAGCGGGGCCCGGCGCUGCCGCUGCCCCCCAAAGACCCCCCUGCGCCCCCGCCCUGGUUCCUGCCCCCGCCCCAGCAGCCCCCGGCCCCGGGCGCGCUCGAUUUCGGCGCUUUCGAGGGCGGCUACGGCGGGAGCAAACUGGUGCCGUACGGGGUGAAACCGUUCGCGCUGAGCCCCGCGCCGCACCCGCCGCUGCCCUACUACCCCGAGGGGCCGGGGGGAUUCGGGGUGCCGGGGGGAUGGAGCCCCGCUCAGCUCGGCCCCAAGGGCUGGUACCGGGAGCCCCGGCAGGACAAGGGCAGGGAGCCGGACGGGGGCUGGGCCCCGGAGCCGCCCGGUACCGGCGCCGUGACCGCGGGGGACUCGGCGGAUCCGGGGCUGUUGGAGUGCAAACGGCGCCGCGUGUCCCCCCCGUACCCCUCGAGCACCGAGAGCUCCCCGCCGGGCCGCAACGGCGACAUCUACGGCGACAAAGAGCCGCUGCCCGACGGGGGCUACUACGGCUACUACGGCAACUGAGGGCACCGGGAGCCCCAAACUCGGGGGUCCCGUGCGCCCCCAAACCCCUCCUGCACCCCCGGGAGCGGA